CACUGCAAUGACCGAGGUGACUGAAUUUAUUCUCAUGGGGAUCACUGACAACCCUGGGCUGCAGGCACCCCUCCUUGGAAUCUUCGUCAUAUACUUGGUCACAGUGAUGGGCAAUCUGGGCAUGAUUAUCAUGACCCAUUUGGACUCCAAGCUACACACUCCCAUGUACUUUUUCCUUAGACAUUUGUCGAUUACUGAUCUUGGCUACUCCACUGUCAUCGGCCCCAAAAUGUUGGUUAACUUUGUGGUGCACAAAAACACCAUUUCCUACAAUUGGUGUGCCACCCAGCUAACACUCUUUGAGAUUUUCAUCAUCACUGAACUUUUUAUUCUAUCAGCAAUGGCCUAUGACUGCUAUGUAGCCAUCUGCAAACCUCUUCUCUAUGUGGUCCUCAUGGCAGAGAAAGUACGUUGGGGGCUGGUACUUACCCCCUAUCUCUACAGCACAUUUGUGUAUCUAUUUCUCACAAUUAAAUUAUUUAAAUUGUCCUUCUCUGGAUCUAACAUGAUCGAUUAUUUU